UCCUCCUCCUCCUCCUCCCUCUGCUUCUUCUGCUGCUCGGGCUGCCCUUCGCGCUGGCUGUCCUGCUGGGUUCCCGGAGGCGCCAUGCCGGUGGGCGCCUCUCCCUCGGUCCGAUCCCGCUACAGCCUGGUGGAGGACCGCCACGACCCGCGCCUCCCGCCGCACAACGACGACGCCUUCCAGCACGGCAUCGCCUUCGAGGCCAAGUAUAUUGGCAGCCUGGAUGUACCCAGACCAAACAACAGGGUGGAGAUUGUGAGUGCUAUGAGACGCAUCCGGUAUGAAUUUAAAGCAAAAAGUAUAAAGAAAAAGAAGGUUAAUCUGAUGGUGUCUGUUGAUGGCGUAAAGGUGGUGCUGAAAAAAAAGAAGAAAAAGAAGAAAGAGUGGGACCGGGAUGAGAGCAAACUACUGAUUAUGCACGACCCAAUCUACAGGAUAUUUUAUGUGUCCCACGAUUCCCAGGACCUGAAGAUCUUCAGCUACAUUGCCAGGGAUGGUUCCACCAAUGUCUUCCACUGCAAUGUCUUCAAGUCCAAGAAAAAGAGCCAGGCCAUGCGCAUCGUCCGAACUGUGGGGCAAGCAUUUGAGGUCUGCCACAAACUGAGUCUGCAGCACACUGAGCAGAAUGCGGAUGGACAAGAGGAUGACCAAAGUGAGAAAUGUAGCGAAGACAUGGAGGCACCAGUUCUUGCCCUAACUGAAGGUGAGCCUGUCAGCCCAGUGGACGAAACAGACAUUGAUUCUAUGGACAUUGGACUUCCUGGGAACAACCACUUGGAGUUCAACAGGGGAGUGACAGAUCUUGACGCCGUCGGUCGAGAGGCCCCUGAGCUGCUUUUUUCCAAGAGUUUGCUUCACAAAGAGAAUAUCCUAACUGCUUCUCCCAAGAUGCUGCUUCCAUCUUCUGUCCAGUUGCCUGAGCCAGGAGUCCCUCUGUCUGCUCACCAUCAGAUGCAGUUUCUGCAGCAGCUCUUGCAGCAGCAACAACAACAAACUCAAGUUGCUGUAGCCCAGGUGCGUUUACUGAAGGAUCAGCUGGCAUCAGAGUCAGCCGCCCGCCUUGAGGCCCAAGCCAGAGUACAUCAGCUUCUGCUGCAGAAUAAGGACCUCCUUCAACAUAUCUCCAUCUUGGUGAAGCAGGUGCAAGAACUGGAAGCAAACCUGUUGAAAACUAGUACCAUAGGUUCUCAAAAGAGUUUGGUGGAAAUCAGCUAUCGUCCAGUCACCCUGCCUGUUCUGUGCGACCCAACCACCCCAGCGCCUGAGGACACCUACCUGCUCCAGUUUGACCCCAGUUUUUCCACCAUUACCAGCUCUCUGGGCAGCCCCUUAGUCGACCAAAGCAUGUUUGAGAAUGCCAACACGAGCCCUGUGCUAAAGCCGCCAGUCAUUAAACCUGCAUCCCUACAUUCCCAGUCUUUCCCAGGAAGCCAGCCCCUCAAGAAUUUUGGAAAGACUGUGGGUGCAAAAGUCAAUGACUUCCUGCACAGGAAAGAACCUGCCAACCAUACCAACAUGGGGGUAACAGAGGUCAACGAGAGUGCAGGGGCAGCACUCUCCUGUGCGCAUGAUAUGCUACAGGAAGGCCAAGGCAAUUCAGAGGGGCAGACACUAAAUGACUCCAUUCCCCGGCUGAACUCACCUCCACCGAUUACCAAAAAGCGCAUCCCAAGAGUGCUGAAGACCACUCAAGAUAUGCUGAUUGCUUCUCAACCGUUGGUAGGUAGCAUGGAAGACUCCUUUUCUGAAGAAAAUCAGGAAUCUUCAUACCAACCUAACAGGACAAAGGGGGACCGGAGAGAAACUAGUUCAUUGACACUAGAGGAUAUUAGUACUGGUCCUUGUAAGGCAUUUGGUGUGCUUGAUCUCACUCAGAAGGAAAAUCUGGAGCCCAAAGUGAGCACCGCUUACAAAAUGUCCUCUUCUGCUUUCCAAAAUGAUGUGGACUCAACUCAUGGACUCAACUCAAGUGAUGACAAGAACAUUUCUGAAUGCCAGUUGCAAAUGGGCAUGAAGUCCUCAAAGCCAGAGUCUUCUGCUCUAGAAAGUGAAGAUGACAGGCUAGAUUUGAUGUCUUUUGAGUAGAAUUGCCUUUUUUCAUUCGCUACUGUAAGUGUGCUUUAGUUGUAUAGUUCUAUAGGUCUGUUACUGUAUUUGUUCUUUUACAAGAUAUACUGAGCCAGAUAACAGAACGGAAACCAUAUUCUCUGAAGGUAACAUGCUGUUCUGCAAACAUAGGGUAGGAAGCAUCUUGGGAGAAAAUCAAGCACUUUUUCUAGCAGCUGGACAUCCUUACGUGCAUCAGGGAAGGCCAGUUGAUGUGGGAUGGCCUGCUUUUGUAAGUAUGGCAUCAGGCCGUGGAUACAGACUGUAUGGGAAUCAGUCUCAGCAAAGAUACGGUUCACAAUUGUGCAUGUUUGCCAACAUACACAUGCACAGUAUCUAUCCCGUGUGAACAGCAGGCACAUGCUCCUAUGUUUUUGGAACAUUUCACAUCAGCCCUUCCAUUCUCAGUUCUGAUCACAACACUUUGUUUAAUGAUUGACGACCCAGAGUGCCCUCACCCUCAAAGAGUGAGACCCCAAUUAUGAGAUCAGUAAUCUGUUCCCUUCAGUGUUGCCUUGACUAACGAUAAUUCUGUUUUGCUGCAACUUUGUGGAAGAUCCGACAUGAUAGCACUUUAAUUCCUCUUUAUGAACAAAUGUCUUGGUUUGAGAAGCAAAAGGCCACCCCUGCUUACCCUCCCAAAGGCACUUGUGAAACCAUAUUUGGCCUAUUGUUCAUUUGUACCUGGAGAUACAGAACCUGUCUUCCAUAUCCAAAGACCAGCUUCCAGAUAAUCCUCCAUGCAGAACUUACUCUCAUUAAGUAUAGCAAUAAAUACUAAAAUGAAGCGAAAUCUAGACUGAGUAGCGUCCUGCUCCAAUGCGAUGCUAAUGGCUUCCAGGAAAUGGAGUCUUUCUAGCACUUGCUCCCUUACCAAUCCAACUUAUAACUUUUCUAGACGUUGUUGGUAUUGGUCUUAAAAACUUUCAUUUGCUAACCAGACUCAGCACUAGAUAUUUUGAUCCUAGAGCACUUCAUGUGAGCAGGGCAUGUUGCCAUUAACCUGUUCCCUGUAAUCUCUUCACUGAUUGGGUACGUGGUGGCUGAUAUUUUCUCACAUUUCUUCUAAAGCAAGACUGGAAGAUAUUCAAAAUACCUUUCUCUUUGACUUGUGCAUGAGCACAUUUAGGAUGAUUGCAUACAUAUUAAAUAAUAAUGUCUGGAAAUGCCAGUUUUAUAGGAGCACCUCCUUGCAUAGGAGCACUUCAAUUUUUAGUACGCUCCAGCAAUACAGUCAUGGCAGGUGCUCCAGUUAUUUCCAAAUAGUGACCUCAGCUGAGAAUCUGCUUAAAAACACAUUUCUUCUAAAGGAAAUUUUAGUUAUUUUAUAUUCAGAAAUACUGGGAAAAAUAGAAAGAACCUAAACAAUACAAAGAAAAGAGAUCUUCAUAAUAUACAACACUAAAACUACUACAUCUAAUUCAACUACAUCUAAAACAAUCACCUGAACUACUAAAACUAUUCCACAAACUGCACACUCAUUGUUGAUUUUUACUCGUUAUCUGACUCCCUUUAGCUAAUACUGUUUUUCUAGAUGUCUAUUUUUUAAAUUCAUAAAUAUGUAUUAAAUACAGAGAUUUUAAACGGAUGGAGCGUGUUUGAGUCCAGACCUCAGUAGUUUGCAAAUUGAUUUCCAGAUAACUCUGGAUUUUGUGGAAGCAUUCUGACUGUUCUUUAGUAAGGAGAGGUAGGCUGAGUUCCACUCAAGCUUCCCUGAAAGGCUACUUGGUCGCCACUGCCACUGAUACUUCUCUGCAUUGUAUAGCUACUGAAGGAAAUGUUGGGUCACACUUUUAGUUCAUUGGGGUGGGAACUGAAUAUUAGCAGCAUCCCUAUAUGAACUGAUGGUGUGAUACGUGAUUCUGGACAGUUUGUAAGGAGUAGGAGCACAAUGGCUGCUUUGGGAAGUGAGGAAAGUGUGGAGGAUGAGAAUUUGAAAACCACCCUGGCAUUCCACUGCAUUCUAGUAUUGUGAAAGCCUAAAUAAAAUUGCACAUUAUUGAUCAGCAAUUGAAAUAAACUAUAAUUUAAUUCCAGAUAUUCAUAUCAAAUAAUUGAAGUAUAUUUCUCAGCAAAAAAUUGUAAAAAGUAAUUGAGAAUUAAUUAUUGGAAGUAAAUCUAUUUAGCUGUACUCUUAGUAGCUUUAUAUUAAGCACAAAUUCAGUAGAAGAUUAACCUUUUCCGAUGAUUAUUGCUUCUAUCCUAGGGACAUGCUGGCCAUUCAUAUUACCACCAUUCCAUUUUAAGAUGCAUUAGGGCAGGGGUCCUCAAACUAAGGCUCGGGGGCCAAAUACGACCUUCCAAGGUCAUUUACCCGUCCCUCACUCAGGGUCAAACUAAGUCUGAAAUGACUUGAAAGCACACAACAACAACAUCAACAAUCCUAUCUCAUUAGCCAAAAGCAGGUCCACACUUCUAAUUGAAAUACUAAUAAUUUUAUAUUUGUUAAAAUUAUUCUUCAUUUUAAUUAUUGUAUUUUUUAAAGUGUUUUUGCACUACAAAUAAGAUAUGUGCAGUGUGCAUAGGAAUUCACUCAUGUUUUUUUCAAAUUAUAAUCCGGCCCUCCCAACAGUCUGAGGGACUGUGACCUGGCCCUGUUUAAAAAGUUUGAGGACUCCUGCAUUAGCGCAAUGGUGUCAAACUUAUUGCCCUCCAGGUGUUCAGCUUGGACUUCAGCUCUCAGAAUUCCUGGCCAUUGGAUAAGCUGGUAAGGGCUUCUGAGAGUUGGAGGCCCAAAUAUCUGGAGGGUCACAAGUUAGACAUCUCUACAUUAGAGCCUAUCUCAAGAAGGAAAAUGAGAGCUCAUUCUUCAGUGUAUUUAAACUUAAGGAAUCUCACUGGAAUCAACCCCUUAUGUAAGAACACAAUACAGGACUGGGCUAGUCAUCCAGCUCCUCCAUGCAGGACUGUAAUUCUUAAUACAAUGUCUACUUUGGUUGAAGUAUACAUUUUGGUUCUUGAGCAAUUAGAGACAGUUAUAGAGUCAGGUUUUUCAUUUCAUUAGUAUGACACUUUUCUUCCAAUUGACACCUUAGGCUGUUCCCAAUCAAUGUAAAAAUCUUUAACAAUAGUGUUACAAUUAAUAUCCCCAUAUCGAACAGUAUAAAAGCAUUUAAAAGACAUACAAAUGUGUGUGAAUGCAUGUGUAUGUAUAUAUACACAAUCCAAUAAACUUCCCUCCUUACACAUUAAAAGCCUGCUUACGCAAGUAAGCUAUUUGCCUGUUUGCAAAGGAAAGCAGGGUGGGAGCCGGGCAUUUGGAUGGAUGGGAGAAGCCACAGAGAAAGUUCUUUCUCAUGUCUUCUCCAAGCAAGCCUGUAAUGGUGAUGGGAAUAAGUGAAAGGCUUCUCCUGUGGAUCAUAAAACUGACAGGGGAAAUGUGGACUUUCCGAUAACCUGGAUCUUGGUGCGAAGGGCCAGUAGUUUGACUUGUAUCCGGAAAUGAAUGGAUAGCCCGUGAAACUGUUUCAGCAAGGCAAUGGCCAGAUGUGUCAUACAUAACAAUAUCAAAGGCCCAAAGAAUUGCAGGAUUUAAACAUUGGGUCUCGACAGACAUAUAUUGUAUGCAUCCCUUGUGUUUACUAUAUUCAUUGAAAUUAAGGCCUUCAGUGGCUACUAGUCACGAUAACUCUCUAUUCCCUGUAGUACUUCUGGCAGUCUCACUGGCGAUAUCAGUUACCGGAGAGCACAAGACAAGAAGAUGCUAUAUUUUCUAUGGGUUUUACAUAAGGACAAACAGCUGACUAUUUUGAGAACAGACUAGAUUUUGGUAUUAUUCAGAAUGCUUCCUCUUACCUUUUUUUACAGUCUGUUCUACAAAAAAUUAAGACAAGUUCCAUACCAUUUUUUAAAUUUAGAAAUUGCAACAAAACUAGUGCCUCAAAUAUUUCCUUCAAAAUAAAUAAACGAACAUGCAAACAAA